GACAAAGUGUACACAACUGGAAAUUGGUUGGAUAUAUAGUACUUUGCAACAAAGAGAAGCUUCUCAUUCUAGUUAGUAUAUUGAAACUCAAUUUUGAUUGGAUGUGAAAACUGUGGUGUUUCCAAACAUGCUGCAGGUCCAUGUUUGCAAAUCACCCCUGGAAGAGGGCAGAGAAAGAAACAAACACCGUCACAAGAAAAAUGCUUGAAAUGCAUUGUUGAACAUCUUCAAGGGACUCACAAAAGCAUUAAAUAUUGGCAAGUUGUCUACAUAAGGGGAAGUGGGCGUGGGCACGACAUCGAGGCUGAGGUGGAUUUUGCUCUCCUCACCCCACUUCAGUUAAGGGAACAAAUUUCAGUACUAUUAAAGCAUGAUGUCUUUGCUGGUCUCUGCCUACAAAAGAUGGCUCAAAAUGGUGGUGGUGGUGGUGGUUCCACUGACAGCAAUGCUGCUACUGAAGGUGGUGGCGGUGGCAAAAACGCUGGUGGUGCCAAAAAAGGGGAGGAGGUGCAACCACACCCUGUGAAAGAGCAAUUACCUGGAGUUCAGUAUUGCAUUAAUAGUCCUCCUCCAUGGCCUCAAGCAUUUGCAUUGGGGUUCCAGCAUUACCUGCUGACUCUUGGCAUCACAGUUCUGAUUCCAACCAUAAUUGUUCCUCAAAUGGGUGGUGGGGAUGCUGAGAAAGUUAGGGUGGUACAGACCCUUCUAUUUGUCUCUGGAAUCAGCACAAUUCUUCAGUCUUUAUUUGGAACCAGACUUCCAACUGUGGUUGUUGGUUCAUACACUUACAUAAUACCCACAAUUUCUAUUGUUCAAGCUAGCAGAUAUAAUUCAUACACAGAUCCUUAUGAGAGGUUUACUCAGACAAUAAGAGGAAUUCAAGGUGCUUUGAUUGCAAGUGCAUGUUUGCAAAUGGCUAUGGGAUUCUGUGGAAUUUGGAGGAAUGCUGUCAGGUUCCUUAGUCCACUUUCUGUGGUCCCAUAUGUAACUUUCACUGGACUUAGUCUCUACCAUCUUGGUUUCCCAAUGCUUGCAAAAUGUGUUGAAGUUGGGCUUCCAGCACUAAUUGCUUUUGUUUUCAUCUCACAGUACCUUAAGCGUUAUAUCACCACCAAGAAGCCUAUACAUGACCGAUUUGCAGUGCUGUUUACUGUUGCAAUUGCAUGGUUAUUUGCACAGUUUCUGACUUCUUGCAAGGUAUAUAACCACAGGCCAGAAAGUACACAGACUAGUUGCCGCACUGAUCGUGCUGGACUCAUCAGUGCCGCGCCAUGGGUGUAUUUUCCUUAUCCCUUCCAAUGGGGGAGUCCUACUUUCAAUACUGGGGAAGCUUUUGCAAUGAUGGCUGCUUCCUUUGUUUCUCUUUUUGAGUAUACUGGUACAUCAUAUGCUGCUGCAAGAUAUGGCAGUGCGACCCCUGUGCCGCCUUCUGUAAUCAGCCGCGGAGCUGGCUGGGUGGGAGUAGGUGCUUUGCUCAGUGGCAUGUUUGGUUCUGUAACUGGAACUACAGUUUCAGUGGAAAAUGCUGGUUUACUGGCAUUAACAAGAGUAGGAAGCAGAAGAGUAAUCCAAAUAUCAGCUGGCUUUAUGAUUUUCUUCUCUGUAUUUGGAAAAAUUGGAGCCAUUUUUGCUUCUGUACCUUUGCCAAUCAUAGCAGCAGUAUACUGUGUAUUAUUCGGCUAUGUGUCCUCCGCAGGUCUUGGUUUUCUCCAGUUCUUUAACCUUAACAGUUUCAGAACAAAAUUCGUUUUGGGCUUGUCAUUCUUCCUAGGAAUCUCCAUUCCACAAUAUUUCUCAGAGUACUAUCAUGUGAAGCAAGAUCAUGAAGGUCCUAGAUGGUUCAACGAUACUGUGACGGUGAUGUUCAUGUCACACACAACAGUUGCUUCCUUGGUUGCUUUCGUUUUGGAUGUCACACUCUCUCGUGAAGACGAUGAGGCAAAAAAUGACAGUGGCUUGAAGUGGUGGGAGAGGUUUAGUUUGUAUAAUGCAGAUGUUAGGAACAAUGAGUUCUAUUCUUUACCAUGCAGACUGGAUAACCUUUUCCCAGCUCUUUAAUUAGUAUAUCACUAUAUAUAGCAAGCAGCUUAUAUUUGUUUUACUGGGGGUUUGUACUAUAUAUUUUCAUGAUUAAGGCAAUUGGUAGUCAUCACAUUUUUUCAAUUAAAAUUGUCAUCAAAGCUUCUUUGUAGUUUGUUGUAACAUGGUUUCACUGCAAUACUUUGGAAUUCAUUAAAUAAUGGAGUCAU